GUUGAGCAGACCUAACUUGCGGAUGUACACCCUAGGCGCCAAGACAAGGAAAACAACAGAAAGAAAAUGGAAGCCGUCGCUGUCGACCGCUGUUAAAGAAAAAAAAAAUAUUCAGGGAGAAGAGAAGAUAUAGCUCCGCAUAGGCGAGCAGCUCUUCACAUAAUUUUAAAGUUUUUUUUUUGGUUAAAAGUUUUAGUUAGUAAAUUAUGGCCCACGGUGGCUACGGCAAGCGCAGAGUCGCCGAACGGAAACCUCAUGUCGGUCGGCGAUCUAAAAGCUUAGGUGUAGACAAGAAGCCAAAGCCUAAAUCCAAAGCUGUUUCUCUUAAGAAUCAAAUUCGUUCCAUUGAGCGCAUGCUCCGUAAGGAACUUCCACUUGAAGUAAGAGAUGCUCAAGUGAAAAAAUUAGACGAACUUAAGAAGCAGCAGGAGAUUCAUACUCGUCUUGCUUUGGAACGCAAAAUCUUCUUGCGCGAUAGGAAGAUUAAGUUUUUCGAGAGAAGAAAGGUAGAAAGAGGAAUAAGGCGGCUGGAGAAACUGCAGCGAGGUUCAUCUGGUCAGGCACAAGAUGCUGAGAUUGCUGAACAGCUUUCUAAGUUGAAAGAAGAUCUUGAAUAUGUUAGGUUUUUUCCCAAGACAGAGAAAUAUGUCUCUCUGUUCACUGGAGGUGAGGAUUUGGACAUACUUGACAAGAGAAUUAAAUUGCGGAAGCAGAUUAAAGCUAAUUUAAUUGCUGCUGCAGCCAGUGGGAAGGAUUUAGAAGAGACUGGGAGUGAGGAUGAUGGGCUUUUGGAUUUGAGUGAAGAUGAUUUUUUCCUAGCUGGAACUUCAAGCGAUGAAGCAAAUGCAGAUGAUGAAUGGACUGAUAAAAGCACAAGGGAACAGGCAUCCAGUACUUCCGGAAAAGCAGCAUCUGGUAUGUCCAGUGACGAAAGAAACCAGAGGCAGAUAUCUGCUAGAGCCCUAAUGCCUCCUCCUCGGCCUUCCAAUAAGUCUCAAUCAAAUUCAGUGCAUGCGCAUUCAAGGUUUGGACCUUCAUCAAGCAAAAAACCAUGGACGCAAAGGCCUGAAAAUUCGACAUCCAGCAAUACAUCAAGUAGCAGAAGUGGACCUUCUUUUAAAGCAGCAGGGUCAUCAAAUUCAAGGACAGGUCAUAGUAGUAAUCUAAGUUCAAACUCUGAUGCCCACAAACCCCGAAGGAAAAGGAGGCCAAAGAAGAAAAGGCAACAGGCAUGAGGAUGGGCGCCGCUGUUAUGUAACUUGAUUACUACAAAUUGAAGUAAAUUAUGAAAUGAUUGUAGUGAAACCCUUUACAGCUGUGUUAUAACUAUCAAAUAGUAAUCAUUUUUAUAUCUCUACAA